AUGAAGAAGAUUUUCAAGACACGAGAUGAAAACAACAACAGGAGGGGCAGAACUACGGACGAUUAUCGACCUAGAGUUCCAGUUGUACCAGCUGUAGCGAGCCCUAUAAAAGCCGAAUCGCCGGAAACGUUGAAGAUAAAGACUGAAGGUGUAAGUGGUAUUUUAGAAUGUUAAAAAUUAUUUUUUAAAGUUUGAAUUGGCAUUUGUUAUUGUUGGGGUGAAGAUAGAAGAGUUAUUCUGAGGAGAGGGAGAGAGUAGGUAAUGUUUAAACUUAUUUUCUAUUUUUUAGGUAAUAUUAUUUUUAUAUUUAAUUUUUAGGUAAUAAAAGUUUAUUUUUUAGGUAAUAUUAUUUUAUUUUUUAAUGUUUAGGUAAUAACAGUUUAUUCUUUCAGGUUAAAGCAUGGCUUAAUCAAAUAAUCGAUACCCUGUUGAACAAGUGGACCCCGGCCAAGUCUCAAGCCCUCUUUAGUGGCGAAGAACUGAACGAAUUGUGCCUCCGCGCACGCGAAGUAUUUUGGAGCGAAGAGUUGAUGGUGGAGCGACCCAGUCCAUGCAGCAUUGUCGGCGACAUUCACGGCCAAUUCGAGGAUUUGGUUGGAAUGUUGAAGUUGAACGGUCUUCCACCCACCACACGCUACGUGUUUCUCGGCGACUACGUGGAUCGAGGUGCUUACUCUAUCGAGGUCGUGGCAUUGUUGUUUGCGUACAAAGUACUCUAUCCGAAAGAAGUGGUACUGUUGCGUGGAAAUCAUGAGUCUCGGCCCGUUAACAUGCAGUAUGGAUUUUAUUUGGAGUGCAAACGACGUUAUUCAAUUGGCCUUUACGAGGUGUUUCAGUACGCGUUCUAUUGUAUGCCGUUUUGUGCACUAUUGGCAGAUUGCAUUUUAUGCAUGCACGGCGGUAUUAGCGAUGAUAUGAAGCAUUUAAAUAUGGUAAUUUUUUAUUUUUACCGGAGGGAUUUUUAAAAAUUUUAACUUAGAACAUGUUUUUUUUAUUAAUUUGAAAAGUUUUAUUCGAUACUCCCCUAUUCAGAUGAAACACAUCGACCGUCCCUGCGACAUCCCUGACAUUGGUAUACAAGCCGACUUGACAUGGGCUGAUCCCGACCCCAACACGGAGUAUUACGAGGAAUCGCCUCGAGGAGCGGCCAAAGUUUUUGGAGAAAUAGCGUGUGACGAUUUUUGCAAUACGCACGCGUUGAAGCUGAUCGUACGCGCCCAUCAAGUCGUCAGCGAAGGCUACGAGUUUUUCUGUAAAAAGAAACUGUGCACCAUCUUCUCAGCCCCGUACUACUGUCAACAAAAUGAGAAUGCGGCGUGCAUUAUGAAUAUCACCGAGCAUCUGGUAAGUGUUUAAAGGAAUUUGGUACUUUUAGGCUUUUUAGGUUCUUUAUCUAUUGACAAACAUGGACUAAAUUGAGAAAUUUCAAGCAAAUGCCUUUAGAAUAAUGCCAUUUUUUCAGGAUAUCAGCUUCAAAAUAUUUCGACCAGUCAUAGCCAAGAAGAAGGGCUUUACAGCGACGUAA